UGACAGUGGCGGAUGGCCUUGGCCACGCGGGACGCAGCCGCUGCGCUUCGCCUUCGCGAGACAGGUUCCACACGCGCCCUUUUUUUUUUAGACUAGACUAGCCUCGCGUCUUUUUCACUCCCUCUCUCUCUCUCUCUCUCUCUCUCUCUCGGUGUCUCUCUCCCUGCCACUAAUCUCAUAUACUCCUCUCUUGGUCGCCUCGAGCCCACCCGUGGGAGUAAAGAAAGAAGAAGGAGUGAAGGAAGAAGCGCGCCGCCGGGAGGGAGACGUGUUUCAGCGGAGAGCGAUAUUGUUUUUCUUCUGAUCUCUGGUCCAUGGAUUUAUUACUGACAAUACAACAAUAUUUUAGCUAGAAAAUCGAGUGAAGCAUGGGUGACUGGAGCUUUCUAGGGCGGCUGCUGGAGAAUGCUCAAGAACACUCCACUGUAAUUGGAAAGGUUUGGCUGACCGUCCUCUUUAUCUUCCGUAUCUUGGUGCUGGGUGCAGCAGCUGAAGAGGUUUGGGGCGAUGAGCAGUCUGACUUUACUUGUAACACGCAGCAGCCUGGUUGCGAGAACGUCUGCUACGACGAGGCCUUCCCCAUCUCCCACAUCCGCUUCUGGGUGCUACAGAUCAUCUUUGUCUCCACGCCCACUCUCAUCUACUUGGGCCAUGUGCUGCACAUUGUCCGCAUGGAGGAGAAGAGGAGGGAAAGGGAGGAGGAGCUCAGGAAGGCCGGACGGCACCAGGAGGACCACGAUCCUCUCUAUCACAAUGGAGUCGGCGAUGGAGGAAGAGGAGGAGGGGGGAAGAAGGAGAAGCCACCAAUUCGUGAUGAGCAUGGAAAGAUCCGGAUCCGCGGGGCGUUGUUGAGGACCUACAUCUUCAACAUCAUCUUCAAGACUCUGUUUGAGGUGGGCUUCAUUCUGGGACAGUACUUCCUCUAUGGCUUCCACCUGAGGCCGCUCUAUAAGUGUGGCCGCUGGCCCUGCCCCAAUACUGUGGACUGCUUCAUCUCCAGGCCCACUGAAAAGACGAUCUUUAUCAUCUUCAUGCUGGUGGUUGCCUGUGUCUCUCUGGUCCUCAACUUGCUGGAGAUCUACCACCUGGGCUGGAAGAAAGUCAAGCAGGGGGUCAGCAAUGAGUUUGUACGCGACAGUGAGUCGCUGCUUUCCUCUCCUCAUGAGGAGACCAUCCCACCGCUUCCUCAAGGGGAGCAACACUCCACAUUUCCUACACUUCCUCGUCAUACCCCUCUCUCUACCCUCGCACCUGCGGAGGAGGCGGUGGAUGAGGAAAACACAUCACCUUGUAUGGUCCCACAUGACGACUUCACCGUGGUUACCCAGGCGGAGAUGCAUCAGCCUCCUGCUGCUGUUGCGAGAGACAUCCGGAAGCCAAGUCGGGCCAGCAAGAGCAGCGGCGUCCGAGCUCGCCCUGAUGACCUGGCAGUGUAGCUAAAACACACAUACACACACACUCACACAUUUACACAAUCAUGCAUCCAUGCUGUGUACACAGAAAACCUUCAUGGCCAAUUUUUUCACAAAUGCACACCAGCAUAAAACCACACACAAGCUUGCCCUCCAGCAAAAGACAUGCUUGCAUGGAAGAUGUGCAAAACACAGCUGGAGGUGGUUGCUUAUUUUAAUCUCAGAAUUAUGAACUAGAAGUAGAGAUAGGUUGGGAGUUUGGCCAGGCAUGAGCUUCACAACUUGAAAGACAUCAGCUCAUAGGGGCUUUGCCUAGCAACACACCUGGAGUCACAUUGGAGUCGACUCCAGCUCCAUAGUUACCGUCAUGAGAGUGGUAUCAAUCUUCUUACCCAACUCCCGGUGAAAUCGUGAAUUCCCAUAUUUUCUAAAAUGUAAUUAUUCUUUCAAACAACACAAUCAGCGUAAAAUCUCAAACAUGGCUGCCAAAGAGUAGAUUACAGUAUUUACGUUUGUUGUUUUUUAAUGAUUAGCUGCCUGGUUCAAGAGAGCCAACAUGGCUGCCACUUACUGUUCUGGCUUUACUCUCACCUUUCUUUGGAGAGGUUGGACAGGGGAGGUAUAAAGGCCCAUGUAAUGGGAAUCACAAACACUGACAUACACAUACUUACACACACAUAUAGCCACCACAGACACAAAUAUGGAAAGGUUAUAAUGAUGAUGAUGAUUAUUAUGAUUCGACUAACUAAUGAGUUUGGGAGCGUAGAGGCAGUAAUACCAUAUUCUUUUAUUUCAUCUAUCUUUCAUUUCUUUGCUGGGAGACAUAAGAGGAAAGGUUUGCACUUUUGUUUCUUUAUUUUUAUUUCUCUUGUGACGUGAUGAUGGAGCUGAACAGUCAAGUGUGUAGUAUCUGUCUGUCUGUGUUCGCGGCGCUCACCCAGCCUGUAGUUUCAAUGAAGAGAGGGAUGCACUGACGUCAGGACAGAGAGGGAAAAGAGCGAUAAAGCAGUCCCACCCUGAGACAUAGUCCUUGGGCUUCACAGGCUCUGUGUGUUCGUGUGUGUGUGUGUGUGUGUGUGUGUGUGUGUGUGUGUGUUUCCGUGUUUACAAAAUGACAUCUCUGCAGUUACAUCAGGGUAAUCUAUAUAAAGUAUAUAAAUAUGUAAAUACAUCAUGAUGAAUAGUAUUGAGAGGCACCACAGGAUGUUAUACAGAACUACCUACAUUUAAAAAAAAAAGAAGUUUCUGGUCAAGCUGCAAUUUAUAACGACUUUUACCUAGAAAAUCAAAAGUGCUUUAGUGUUUUCUGACAUUGGUUCCACAGGUCACUUUAUGCAAAAAAAAUCCAAUGUUAGAAGACUUUAGGGAAUUUAAAAUAGUACACAAUCAAGGGUUUAUACAACAUUUAAAGCAAUUUUAAGCUCUGCAGCUUGAACAGGGCAUAACAAUCAGUACCCCUUCUUUCUGAUGCUUGUGUUUGCAGUGUGUUACAGAACUGUUGAGUUCCCCCUAGCUGUUCUGUGUAGGCGGACUCUAAGUUAUUUUCUAGAAUAGCUGUAGAUUACACAGUAGCUUUUAGAUUUUUGAACAAAAAGGAAGCAAUAUGAUCAAAAAAAAAGAAAACGUGCUAACUUUUAUUUCUCUGUCAGUUCUUAACAGGCAUCCCACAAAGGAAUGUUCAUUUUUCCUGUUCUUCUCAUUAAUUCCUGCCAAAAAAA